ACAAAAACACCAAAUAAAAAUCGUAAUGCCAAACACUACUGUAGCUUUAGCGCUGUGUAUUUGCUAGCGUGAUCAUUUGUGUGACACUGAUGUAAUAAAGCAAGCUCUUUGCAAAAGCACAUUUUCAGCUGACACCGUCGAGCCAGUUUUCCCGUCGUCCUCUGUUUCUUAAAUUGAUUCUCAACUGGACUUGUUUACAAAGUCGUGGCCAGCUGCCGAGGCACCAGCUAAGGUCCACACACUCUCCGGACCAUGGCAGUGUUGCUACAGCGCCACCACGCGGCUGUGGCCUGUCUGCUCUUGUACUACUUGACCGGUGGCCUGUCCGCCCCAGACCCCAGGCAGAGAGAGGCCCUGAUCCAGCUGGAGGCCUCCAUGCAGACAGGUGGGCAGAUGGUGCUGACGGAUGUUGAGCAGCUGCUGGACGCUCUUCUGUUUAAAAUGAAGCAGGAGGAGAUAGCGAGAGCAGAUUUUCCUCCCGCCAUGCACUUCUUCAAGGCCAGGGACCUCAUCAGGACCAGUCCCAUCUUCAACCUGCUGCAGAAGAUGCCUAAAGGGGGAGCUCUCCAUGUUCAUGACUUUGGCAUGGUAGAUGUGGAGUGGCUGGUGAAGAACGUGACCUAUCGGCCCCACUGCUACAUGUGCUUCACUGACAUCCAGUCCGUCAGAUUCAUCUUCUCGUCCCGAUGGCCCAAAGCUCUGCCACAUUGCUCACCCUGGACCCUGCUGGAAAACCUCAGGGCCAAGAUGGUCAAUACCACGGAUCUCGACAACAGCAUCAUGGGCAACAUGACGCUCUUCACUGAUCAGGAUCCAGAAACGCUGUACCCCAGUCAGGAUGUGAUAUGGGAUAAGUUUGAACAGACCUUCCUUGCACUGUGGGGUCUGGUCACAUACGCUCCUGUGUUCAGAGACUAUUACUACCAAGGUCUCACCCAGUUCUACAUGGAUAACGUCAUGUACCUGGAGCUGCGAGCUUUACUCCCAGAGAUAUACGAGUUGGACGGCAGCACUCAUGACGCAGCCUGGACUCUGAAGACCUACCAGGAGGUCACCCGACAGUUCACAGCAGACCACCCGGACUUCUUUGGCGCAAGAAUCAUCUUCACAAUCCAUAGGGGAGUAAAUGCAUCCGUGAUGGCCAGUGUUGUGGAGGAGGCUAUGAAGCUGCAGAGAGACUUCCCAGACAUCAUGGCUGGCUUUGACAUGGUGGGCCGCGAGGAUAGAGGCAGACCCCUGUGGUACUUCAGAGAUGCCUUGUCCCUGCCAGUAGAGAGAGGGGUGACACUUCCUUUCUUUUUCCAUGCUGGAGAGACCGACCUCGAGGGCUCAGAGGUGGACCAGAACUUGUUGGAUGCUCUUCUGUUGAACACUUCCCGUAUUGGCCAUGGAUUUGCUCUACUACGCCACCCAGUGGCCAAAGAUAUAUCCAGAAAGAGAGGUGUGGCUCUGGAAGUGUGCCCCAUCUCCAACCAGGUGAUGAAGCUAGUAAAAGAUCUGCGGAACCACCCGGCAGCUGCGCUGAUGUCAGAGAACCACCCAGUGGUCAUCAGCUCUGAUGAUCCUGGCAUGUUCGGUUCCUCUGGACUCUCUUAUGACUUCUAUGAAGCUUUUGUGGGCUUCGGUGGGAUUAGAUCUAAUUUAGGCACCCUCAAAGAGCUGGCCAUAAACUCUCUUAGGUAUAGCUCUUUGACUCCAAAGCAACAGGAGAAAGCUGUGGUUCUGUGGCAGAGAAGAUGGGAUACGUUUGUCUCCGAAAAUGCUUUUUAGAAAAAAACUCAUUUUUCGUCUGUUGGGCAUUGCCUUCGCGCUUCUUUUGCAAAAAGGAACGCCUUGUUGCGUAGGUAAAUUAUAAAUGGGAAUGGAAAAGAGUGCUUCAACAAAUAUGGGACAACAAAGAUAGUUGGUGGUUGGAUAGUGACCUUUUUCACAAAAGACAAUUUGGCAUCUUACAGUAGGUAAAGCACUGGGAUGAAUAAGGAAAUUAAUGACAGAACAGAGCCAUUCCUAAUGUUAUCAGGAACACCUGUACUUGACCUACUAUGAUGAGUGGUAUCUGCUGUGAAACACAGACAAAACUGAAGUUAUUAUACUUGGCCCUAAACGCCUCCGAAACGCAUUUUCUAAUGACAUAGAAGCUCUGGAUGGCAUUAAUUUGGCCUCCAGCACCACUGUAAGGAAUC